AUGAACGAUGGAAGCCAACCGGACUUUCUGAGCUGUCGCUCGUGGGGGUUUGGAACAUCGUGCGGCUUGUGGGGAGUCGACUGCCGCCCGUUUGCAUCCGAGUGGACGGCAUUCAGAUGCCCCACACGCUGCACUUUAGAACAAUCAUCAUCGAUGGCAGUGUUUGGGUCAGGUCCGUACAGAGCUGAUUCCAGAAUCUGUCGGGCUGCCGCCCACACGGGUGUUAUUGGUCCCAACGGUGGGUGUGCUUUUUAUCGUUUUGCCGGUGCUGCUGAUGCAUUCUACUCAUCCACAUCGAAUGGGGUGACCACGAAGGAAUUUCUGUCAUGGUUUCCUAAAACGAUCAUGUUCAAAGAAGCAUCCAGCUCGUACUGCAGUGAUCUUUCGUGGUGGAUUCUCAGUGUGGGCUUUAUUGCCACGGCAGGCUUUGGUUUGCUGCCUCGCGCGAGACCUGACGUCAUGUUUUACUUGUUGGUCACCUAUGGAUUCUUCUACACACGACUAGUUGGCCAACCUUCAAGCCAGGAUUACAGGGGUAUUUCUGUAAAUGCUUUCGGCGAGGUGAUUCUUCUACUGGCUGCAAGUACUUUGGUAUAUCGAAUAGCAGCAUCAGACACGCUAAGUGGCUGGCAAUCGCUAACGCUGAAGCGGAAAUUUAUUAUGUGGACGCUCUGUUACGUGGCUCCUUAUCACGUGAUGAUCAACAUGAACCUCAUCGGAUUCAUUCCGUGGCUUAAUGUCGAUCUCGGCGGCUACGAGGAACUACACGCCAACGUUGGAACAUACGUAGUGUUCACUCUGGUAGGAAUUGGAGCGCUGUUCUUGGCUUCCCAACUCUUUAGAAGUAUUUAUCUCGGCGGGAAGUGGAGGGCGUUUGUUGCGAUGUACAUGGCUGUACUUGCAUGCGUACUCGUGUCGUGGGCACUGUUCCCUUCAACAUCAUUCCACCUUCAUCACACAAUGCUGGGAGCUCUGAUUAUCCCCGUUACCUCUUUUCCUACACCUGCUGCAGCCUUUUCUCAAGCUGCAGCACUCGGGCUCUUCAUACAGGGCUAUGCAAGGUGGGGUUGGCACUCCUACCUCGACACUAUACAAAAUGCUCCUAACUCAACAAACGUGACUGCGUCAGAAGCCAGAGUCGUGUGGGAUCCGCUUGAAUCUGUCCAGGCGUAUUCACUUCGACUUAAUCGUGUAGAGGUCUACCGUGGUGUAGACACCUUCGCAGUUGUCGCCAAUUUGAAGCCGAAUAUGACUUACUUUGUAGGUGUGGCCGGCGUAGCAAGCUGGGGGACCGAUGGUCGAGUUGGCCCUCUAUCCAACUUCACGACACCAAAAAUUUGA